AUGUCCAAUAGAUCAGAGAGAGCAUGUAUGCUUUGUGGAAUCAUCCAACCAUUCAAGAAAUUCGUCACCACUGGAUGUCCAAAUUGUGAAUCAUUAUUACAUUAUCAAGAUAAUGAAGAAGGUCAAGUACAAGAUUGUACAUCACCUUCUUUUGAAGGAUUAGUAGCAUUAGGAGCAGAUAAUAAAGGAUCUUGGGUGGCGAGAUGGUUAAGAAUAGAUUCAUUUGCUCCUGGUCUUUAUGCUGUUAAAGUUAAUGGUAAAUUACCUCCUCAUAUUAUAAGUGCUUUAGAAGAUGAAAAUAUUAUUUAUCGACCAAGAGAUGGAUCUGCUGAGGAUUAA